AUGGCUGCGUCCACCAAGUUUUUGAGAGAGUACAAACUCGUCGUCGUCGGUGGCGGCGGUGUUGGUAAAUCUUGUUUGACCAUCCAAUUGAUUCAAAGUCAUUUCGUCGACGAAUAUGACCCUACGAUCGAAGAUUCAUAUAGAAAGCAAUGUGUUAUCGAUGACGAGGUCGCCCUUCUCGAUGUUUUGGAUACCGCAGGUCAGGAGGAAUACAGUGCUAUGCGCGAGCAAUACAUGAGAACCGGCGAGGGUUUUUUGUUGGUCUACUCAAUCACAUCUCGACAAAGCUUCGAGGAAAUCACCACCUUCCAGCAACAAAUCUUGCGAGUCAAGGACAAGGAUUAUUUCCCCAUGGUUGUAGUAGGCAACAAGUGUGAUCUGGAAGGCGAGCGGGAGGUAACCAGGCAAGAGGGCGAGGCUUUGGCGCGAUCCUUUAACUGCAAAUUCAUCGAGACUUCGGCAAAGUCGCGAAUCAAUGUUGACAAAGCGUUCUACGAUAUUGUUAGAGAGAUCCGAAGAUACAACCGCGAAAUGCAAGGUUAUUCGACUGGCAGCGGCGGCGGUUCAGGGGUAAACGGCCCCCCCAAGCCCAUGGACAUGGAGGACGGCGAGAAGGAGGCCGGCUGCUGUGGCAAGUGUGUCAUUAUGUGA